AUGCCCAAGUACCCCCUCACGGCCCCCGCAAUCCCCAUAGCCCUACAAACAAGCCACCUCCUCUCCCCGCCUGCAGACCGCCUAACCAACACACCAACAACAUUAUCCAUCACAAAAGAAAGCCACACAGUCUACGUGCAUCGGCUACGCGCACACGAGCCCUCCAACAGCCCCGAGAAACAACUGCUCUUCACAGCCUUGGAUAAGCAAUGGCCAACAGGCACACGAGUAAUCUACGCCAAAAACACCCCCGUUCUCGUCCUCAGACGGGCAUGGUUCUCCGGUUUACGAAGGUGGGGGGUAAAAUUACCUAAAGGGCAAGGCAAGGGGAAAGGAAGAACAGAUUUACUGGAUGCCUCGAUGCCAUGGGCAGAUGGGAAUCCAAUCGGGGGCCGUGGUUUCAGACUUGAUAUGCGGUUUCGGAAUGCCUUGAGCAGUCAUCGCAGGAGGGCAACGGUUUCCACAGAUCAGCCUCCCCCGUAUACGAGUAACCGGGCUGGUCAUGUUCCUCCAACAGAGCGGAGAAUGGAACAUGAUCCUCGAUUUCCGGAUUGGGAUGAUGAUGUUUGGUCGAGGAAUGAGGCUUUGCCGGGUUACUCUGCGCGAUUUGGGGGGAGUGCCCUGAGGGAUUUAUUGGAUGCGGUUGAGUCGCCUUUGGAUCCGGCGCCGGCAUCUGUUUUGGAAAUGCCUUCUAGGCGAAGUGUGGGGUUGGAGAGGGGGGCUGGGUCGACGGUUGAGCUGAGGGCGGUGCAGUUGGCAUCUGGGACUGGGGUGAUGUUGGGUAAUCAUAUGGUGAUGUACAUCACGCGACACAAUGCGAUGGACUACAGCAAGUCGAAAUCGAGAUUGAAGCCGAGGUGGGAGGUGGAGGUUGCAGAAGGGGUGGAUUUGUUACUGGCAGUGAAUGUUGUGCUGAUUAUGACGGAGGUUGAGUCGCCUAGAUGA